GGCAUCUGCCUUUAGGCCACGGUAAAUACGUAGGCGAAUCACAGAGACAAAAUCUAACAGCUCGUCGAUGUGAAAAAUCUUUCAUCGAUUCUUCUUCGUCUUCUCUCGGUUCCAUUUUCACAGUUGUUGGAUCUGCAAAAAAUUCCAAGAAGCUCGACAAGAAGAAGGAGAAGAAGAACGACAAGAAGAAGAAUCGGCAGUGACUCUGUAUCCUAAAUCAGCAUAUUGAAGCAAAGCGAGUCACCUUCCCCACCAUUCGCCUCCGCCCGUCGCCAGCUCUUUGCGUUCCUUCGCAUUCUCCUGCUGGAUAGCGGCUUCGCACUUUGCGGGAUCAAGUGGUGUGUAAUAGCAACUUCCCACGGCAAUGCCAAGAAAGCUGGUGUUUAUCUGUUUUUCGGCACUGGAGGUUUGGGAUAUCUUGGCGAAGGACAGUGCGUAAGGUUGUUUUCAUGUAGUUGACUGCGACUGAGUGCUUUCCAGAUGGGGGGUUAACUGUGAGAGUGGACCUCUGGUGUUCUGGUGUCGACAAGGGGAGAAAAUGAUGUUUAGUAAAAUUGCAGAUCUCUUUUCGGCAGUAAAGGGCCGGGUUUCGGGUCCACAUGCCUCUGGUGCUCGGUAUAUGUUGCCACCAGGAUUGCCUUCUCAUGGGGGUUCUUCUGCUUAUACUUCUGGCUUCACCAACACUGGGCAUAAGAACAAUUUGCGGCAUUCAUCUUCUCUCCAAGAUUUAUCGGCAUAUCACGGGCUUGUUUUCAAUGAUGGCAAUCUCAAUGGGACGCACUCUAAACCUCCCCACCCUUUGUUGAGAGAUAAUGUUGUGUCUAGCUUUUCAAAGGAGAAGUCUUUGCCAGGAGGAACUGCAUUUCCGCGGAGGAAGUGGAUUCGGAGGAUCUUGGUUCUUUUAUGUCUCCUUUUGUUUUCUCUAUUGAUGUACAUGGUGUCAAUGUAUGCCUAUGCAUAUUGGUCUCAAGGAACAUCCAAAUUUUACGUUGUUUUAGAUUGCGGGAGCACAGGAACUAGAGUUUAUGUAUAUCAAGCAUCUCUUAAUUACAAGAAAGAUGGAAGCCUUCCUCUCGUGAUCAGGUCAUUCAAUGAAGGGGGAAAGAAGAAACGCCAAUCCCAGAGCGGACGUGCAUAUGAUCGAAUGGAGACUGAACCUGGAUUCGACAAGUUGGUCCAUAAUGUAUCUGGCUUGACUGCUGCAAUAAAUCCACUUGUUUGGUGGGCAAAGAAGCAAAUUCCCAAGCAGUCUCACAAGACUACAUCUCUCUUUCUCUAUGCCACUGCUGGGGUCCGGAGACUACCAGAUGCUGAUUCAAGGUGGCUUCUUGACAAUGCAUGGUCCAUAUUGAAAACUGCACCUUUCUUGUGUAAGAAAGAGUGGGUUAAGACCAUUUCCGGAGUGGAGGAAGCUUACUAUGGAUGGGCUGCUCUUAACUAUCGCACACACAUCUUAGGUGCUAUGCCGAAGAAAGCAACAUUUGGUGCACUCGAUCUUGGCGGCUCUUCCUUACAGAUUACAUUUGAGAGCAAGGAAAAUAUGCAUGACAGUUCAAGCCUAAAUCUUACAAUAGGUGCUAUUGACCAUCAUCUCAAUGCCUAUUCCCUUUCUGGAUAUGGUCUGAAUGAUGCGUUUGACAAGUCUGUUGCUCGUCUUGUCAAGACCCUUCCUGAAGGCAAAAAUACAGAUUUGGUGAAUGGCAAUGUAGAGCUCAAACACCCUUGCUUGCAUUCCGGAUACAAGGAGCAAUAUAUAUGUUCUCAAUGUGCAUCUAAUUUUAAAGAAGGUGGAAGCCCUGUGGUUCAGGGAAGAAAGUUGGGUAAAGGUGGAAAACCUGGAAUCUCCCUGCAUCUCGUUGGUGCCCCAAAUUGGGACGAAUGCAGUGCACUUGCAAAGGUUGCUGUAAAUAUUUCUGAGUGGUCACGUCUAAGCCCAGGAAUUGAUUGUGAGUUGCAACCAUGUGCUCUACCGGAAAAUCUGGCUCGCCCUCAUGGCCAUUUUUACGCCAUGUCUGGGUUUUUUGUGGUAUAUCGGUUCUUCAACCUGACUGCUGAUGCCGCACUUGAUGAUGUGUUGGAGAAGGGACGAGAGUUCUGUGAAAAAACUUGGGAAGUUGCAAAAAACAGCGUGGCCCCACAGCCCUUUAUUGAACAAUACUGCUUCAGGGCACCCUACAUAGCUUUAUUGCUGCGAGAGGGAUUGCACAUUACGGAUAACCAAAUUACUAUUGGAUCUGGAGGUAUCACUUGGACACUUGGAGUUGCACUUUUGGAAUCAGGAAAAGCAUUUCCAAUGAGAAUGGGCUUUCACAGUUACGAAAUCCUCCAAAUGAGGAUAAAUCCUGUACUUCUUAUCGCAAUUUUGCUGGCAUCCCUGUUUGUCCUGCUUUGUGCACUGUCACGUGUUUACAAUUGGAUGCCAAGAUUUUUCAGGAGGCCAUAUCUCCCACUUUUCAAGCAUAAUAAUGCUUCUGCAGUGUCUGUUUUGAAUGUUCCUUCUCCUUUUAGAUUCCAGCGGUGGAGUCCCAUCAGUUCAGGGGAUCAAAGAGUUAAGAUGCCUUUGAGUCCAACAAUUGGCGAUUCUCAGCAAGGACCUUUUGGAUUUGGACAUGGUCUUGGUGGGAGUGGCAUCCAGCUAACAGAAUCGUCUCUAAAUCCAUCAACUAGCAGUGUUUCUCAUAGUUUUUCUUCUAAUAGCUUGGGGCAGAUGCAAUAUGAUGCUAGUGGCAUGAGUCCUUUCUGGUCUCCUCACAGAAGUCAAAUGCGUCUACAGAGUAGGAGAUCACAAUCUCGAGAAGAUCUAAACUCUUCUUUCGCUGAGGCACACAUGGCUAAAGUUUAGAGCACUCUUCCCCUGAAAUUUUGGGUAUGGCUCCUCUCACCUACGCAUCUCCUUUGUAUCAUACAGAACCUAAUUUCAACAGACAGGAUAUGACACAUUUGCGAACUUGAUUUUUCAUUGGCAUCUAUU